CCAGCUGUGAGGUAAAUUUAAUUUCAUAUGACCUUGGGGUGUAUAAGAUGAAAACGUUUCAUUCUUUAAUAUGAGAAACCAGUCAACCCUUGCUGAAAAUGUUGUCAUCAUUGAACCUGGUUCUUUUCAUUUGCGAGUCGGCCGUGCUGUAGAAGUAUUGCCAAAACGGUUUCCACACUGCAUUGCUCGUAAACCUAAACCUAAUGUUCCACCUUGUGUUGAACCUAUUAUUAACCGACAAAAAAUUACCUGUGACUCAUCUUCUCUCCAAGAAUCAGUAAACAUAACGAGAUCAUUUGUAAAUACAUUGUUUAAUUUGAGCUACUCACCCAAAUCAAGUGAAUUACCCACCGUUACUCCAUCUAGAUUGGAACGUACUGAAGUUGAAGAUACCAAGCUUUUUGAAUGGGAAUCCAAUACACCAUUAGGCCAAGAAUUUUAUGCAUUGAAUGAUGCUUUCGAUCGUGGUCUGAAAGAUGGCUAUCAUAUUAAUUGGCCUAUGCGUUAUGGAUUUCUAUCAACGUCUGCGAACUACACCUCUGUGCUGCAAGAUCUAGAAGAUAUUUGGUCUACAGCUUUAGAAAAACAUGUUGGUAUUCCAGGAUCAAAUCUUAGUAAUUAUCGAGCGAUUCUGGUGAUCAAUGAUGUAUACAAAAGAAAUGAAAUACGUCACUUAGUUCAUUUACUACUUAAUCGUUUAAAAUUUGGACGUGUUUUUGUACAUCAAGCUAGUGUUUGUGCUACUUAUGGUAUUGGUUUACCUACUGCUUGUGUUAUCAAUAUAGGCGAACAAAAAACUAGUGUAUGCUGUGUAGAAGACGGAGUAGCUCAUACAGAAACUCGUAUUAUCUUACCGGUUGGACGAAGUGAUGUUCUAAGAGUGUUUCACUCGUUUGUACUACCUAACGGAUUUUGUAAUAAAGAAGGCUUUACUGUAGAUCUGAAAUAUGAACAUCUGUCUGACGUGGAAGACUUGCGCACACUUAUGGAGAAUUCAGCUCAACGUUCAAUAAGUUUACUAUGUCAACAAAACGAGAAAAGCAAGCUCGGUGAAGAGAUUCAAUCAAAAGUUAAUGAAUCGUCAUUAAAUCAUGAUUGUUAUAAUAUAACACUUCAGUGGACACAUAAAGAAAAUCAAUAUGAGGUUUCAUGUCUUCAUCCAUCUACAGUUCUAUUAUCAUAUUUACUUCCAUUUGCUUGUAUUUCUUCAUGUGUUCCGCCAAAAGAAGCCUAUUGUACUUAUCAAGUACCUUCACUACAAUCAUCUGAGCCGGAUGAUCCUUUCGAUGAAAUGUAUAUAUCUCUAACAGCACGUGAACGUCGUAAACGUGGUUUGCCCAAUGAACACCAAUCAGCUAUGCUGCCUAAUAAUGAACAGCAACCGGAAGCAGAAAUAGAUGUUGCGGAACAGGUGGCGCCAGUGGGCAACUCCCUUCCACAAAGGCCUAACUACUUUGAAUCCCUUCCAGAGGCAGUUUGGUGGAGUAUCAAUCAGUGUGCAAACUUAGUAGGUGCCCAGAUAGGAUCGGAGGUCACUGUUCAAGCCCCUGGCCUCGCUCCCGGAAAACCUUUGCAAAGUUCAAGCUCUGUAAGUGAUGAACUACGUCGACGUCUGUUGGGAUGUAUUAUUCUUACUGGCGGAGGUGUGGCUGGUAUUAAUAAUCAAAUAAUGGAAAGAUGGUUAACUGAGCAGCUAAUCGCAAUAGCACGGGAAAAACAAGCAGCCACAACUGCAUCAAGCCAUAUACCAACAGUUGAGAUCAUUAAUCACUCCGAACCUGCAGAUCUUCCAUGGUCUGGUGCUAGGUUGCUUCUGACUUCUGACCUAAUACAUGACUUGUGGAUCACACCAGCUGAAUGGAGCAAAUUUGGUUCGAGAGCUCUUCGUGAAAAAGCACCCUUCCCUUGGUAACUUAAAACUAUGAAUUGUAAAUUAAUGCAAACAUCUGUAAUAUUCCUCAUUUCUGUUAAUAAAUAUUAGAAAAAGCAUCUGG